GCGACCCCACCAGGUACAAGACACACACACACACACACACACCAGAGAAACCAGUGCUGAGGAAAUAAAAUUCUUAAUGUAGCCUGUUUCUCUACGUCGAAGUCAUGGAGGUAAACGGCACUGCGAACAUCUUGAGCUCGGCCUACCUGGCGGCGGAGUACGUCGAUGCGUUCUUGCCCGGGAACCCCUUGCAGCCCUCGUUCAAGCACGCGUGGGACUGCAUGCUGAACAACUACACCAAGUUCCAGAUCGCCACUUGGGGCUCGCUCAUUGUGCACGAGUUGAUCUACUUCCUCUUUUGCCUCCCUGGCUUCCUUUUCCAGUUCCUACCCUUCAUGCAGAAGUACAAGAUUCAGCCGGACAAGCCAGAGACAUGGGAGAAGCAGUGGCGGUGCUUCAAGAUGUUGUUGUUCAACCACUUCUUCAUCCAGCUGCCACUCAUCUGCGGCACAUACUACUUCACCGAGUUCUUCAACAUCCCUUACGACUGGGACUCCAUGCCGCGAUGGCCGUACAUCGUGGCUCAGUGCUUCGGCUGCGCCGUGGUGGAAGACGCGUGGCACUACUUCCUCCACCGACUUCUCCACCACCGCAGGAUCUACAAGCACAUCCACAAAGUCCACCACGAGUUCACCGCGCCGUUUGGCAUGCAGGCCGAGUAUGCCCACCCCGCCGAGACCAUCAUCCUGGGGGCGGGCUUCUUCAUCGGCAUCAUGAUCUUCUGCAACCACGUCUUCUUCUUGUGGGCCUGGGUGGCCGUGCGCCUGCUGGAGACCAUCGACGUGCACAGCGGGUACGACAUCCCGGUCAACCCGUUGCACUUGCUGCCGUUCUACGCCGGCGCCCGCUUCCACGACUUCCAUCACAUGAACUUUGUGGGCAACUACGCUUCUACCUUCACCUGGUGGGACAAGCUGUUCAACACCGACAACCAGUACAACAAGCACAUGCAGAAAGAAGGAGGCGACAAGAAGACCCAGUAAAAGCAACACAAUGUCCACAGUCUGAUCCGGGUUCAAGCCAAAUUACACGUAUGUGACUUUUUUUUUUUUUUUCGCACUGCGUGACUUGUGGUCUUCUCAUUGGCCAGAAAUACAACCAUGAAUAUUCUC